AAGAUAGAAGGGAAGAAAAUGUUGAAUCAGUACAUGGUAUUGAUGAUCUUUCGAUGACCUAAGCAUAUGUCGAAUCCAUUACGAGAUGCACGACGAGGUGUAACGGUGGAAAAUUACGUGAGAGGUUUCAAUUCUUUACACCUUCAACAGCAAGUUACCUUAGUCAAGACGGUAUCGGCUACGAAUGAAAAUUAUUUGCAUCCUCUCCAAUACCAACAGCAACAUAAUCACUAUCAACACCAUAAUCACAACCUUCAUUACUAUCCACAUAAUCAUCAAAGCCAGCCAGCGAGCAGCAGUCGAUUAAGGAGGUUAAGAACAUUGUCAUUACAUCGUAGUAUUGAGACAAUGCACUUAUCUGCUGAAACGCAGACACAGCAUCAGGCUACUGUACAAGCCAAUCAGCGUCCUGAUUACGCUCUUACAGCUGAUCUCUUGGCAGAGAGAACGUUGAAUGGUUUAUUAGCCGAACAUCCUGGUGAACUUGUUCGAACCGGUUCACCGCAUGUUGUGUGCACAGUACUCCCGACUCAUUGGCGUUCUAAUAAGACAUUACCAGUAGCUUUCAAAGUUGUAGCACUUGGAGAAGUAGGCGAUGGGACAUUGGUCACCGUAAGAGCUGGUAAUGAUGAAAAUUGUUGUGCCGAGUUGAGAAAUUCUACAGCCCUUAUGAAGAACCAGGUAGCCAAGUUCAAUGACCUUAGGUUCGUUGGACGUAGUGGUCGGGGAAAAAGUUUUACGCUAACGAUUAUGCUUCAAACGUCACCACCUCAAAUAGCAACUUUAUCUAAGGCUAUAAAAGUAACAGUAGAUGGGCCAAGAGAACCACGAUCAAAAACACGGCAUCAGGCGUUUCAUCCAUUCCAUUUUGGGCCUCGAUCAUUUCAUUUUGGACAUCUACAGGAUCCGUUAGGAUUUAAAUUGUCUGGCUCAUCUACGGCAGAGCUCGGAACGAUUAGCGUUUCUAUUCAAGAAGUAGCUCCUGUUCCGUCCACUGAAAAUAUUGGUCUAGGAUUACCAGUAACUAUAAGCACAUCGACACCAACGACUAUUGAAUCAACGACGACAACGACAAAUAAUGCCAAUCCAUCCGAUCACCAUUCGUACUUUCAAGGCCUUCAUCUUCUAGGCACAUCGAAUUCCCUAUUUAGCUCUAUACUGGCACCACUUCUACCACAAUCUUCAUGGUUAUAUAAUCCAAUAUAUCAUACCCAGCAAUACAUAUUAGAGCCAGAAUGGCAUGCACUAGCUUUACAUAUGGCCCAACAGCGUCUACAGAAACCCGAUCUAUCACGUCUCGAGGACCUCCGUAAACUACGCGAUAAUAGCAAUAGCCCCGAAGACAAAUCUAAGUAUAAGGAGGAAACUUCCCGAGAUUUGGACAGUCUCGAUGGCAGCAUAGAAGUAGAUGAUAGUGAGGGUCCUCGACCUAAGAUCGAACACUGCUCACAGAGCGAGGAGUCCUUGGAACAGGAUAGUCUAAGAAUAUCGCCUGUCAGAAACGACAACGAAUGUUUCCAAGAAGAGACUAUGGGUCGUCUGCGACCAAGUCUGGAAAAUGGUAACGAUUACGGUUAUAUCACACAGUUGAAUCAUCAAGAUCAAAUCAAUCAGUGUGAUUUGAAUGUGAAAAUUCGAAUGGAAGGCACAGUUGAUUUGAGCAAGAAAACCAGAACUCAACAUCAAAAUAAAGAGAACGUCGGUCAGGAUUUGACAACAACAAAACGGAAGGAAGAAGAAGUUGAAAUAGCAGAAAGACAAGCAACUAGGCACAGGAAGGACAGAAGUCCAAAGCCUAGACAAGUCUGGAGACCCUAUUAA